ACUCCAGUGUGCUCAGUAGCUCUGCCACUUGGGAAGCCAUGGAUUCCGCUGAAAAGUCCUUCAAGCUCAUACAGAAGGCCAAAAGGAAGUUAACGGAAGCUCUUCAGAGAGACCCGGAGCUCAUCUUCGCUGUGGCCAGGUCCCAGCAGCUCCUCACACAGGGCGAGCUCUCCUCCCUCAGUCAGUUGAAUACUCCACAAGAGGUUGUAGAGAGCCUGGUUGAUACUGUGCUGGGAAAAGACAGAUCGACCCAUGAACGUUUCUUAGAGUACCUGGAAAACCUGAGAUACGUCUUCCCAAGCCUGAAGCCCAUUUCUCAAUAUGUAGAAGAAGAUGAACCACGUUCCUUACAAGAUGCAGAAACUCUUGCUGAGAUUGAAAGUGCGAGAAAUGUGCCUGUAUCAACACUGGCUGGAAGGACAUCAUUUUCAAGGAAGACAAAAGAGGGUUUGGAGAGAGAGUCUUCAUCAGAAAAAGCCCCCAAAGGGUCAGGGGAUUCAGUAAUGAUAUCUGCCAAUAACAUAUCGAGAGGAAGAAAGCAAGUGAUUGAAUUCCUUCAGAAAGACAUAGACAUGGUUUUAGAUGAGUUACUCUCCCAGUCUGUCAUCACAGAGGAAGACUAUGAAACCUUGGACAAACUAGAGGCAGAUGCCAAGAAGAAAAGUCGAAAAUUGCUCCUUCUAAUACAGAGAAGGGGCGAAAAAGCCUGUUGCCAGUUCUUGGAAUGUUUAGAAGUCACAUGUCCAGGGUCCAAUCAGGCGCUGAUGUUUUCAGUCCAUGAAGCAGAGCUGUUAUCCCUCAGAGUUACAGAGGAUCUUGCAACACAUCAGCAUGAAAGAAAUGGACAGAAACCAACACCAGCUAAAACUUUCUAUUCAGAGGAAACACAAGAGGCUCUGGAGGGAGAAGCUGCAUUGGAAACAACUAUCAAAGGCUUUGCCACUUUGGAAGCCAUGGUUUCUGCUGAAAAACCCUCCGAUAUUAUACGGAAAGCCAGAAAGAAGCUAACAGAAGCUCUCCAGAGAGACCCAGAACUGAUCUUUACUGUGGCCCGGUCCCAGCAGCUCCUCACGGAGGGCGAGUUCUCCUUCCUCUUCCAGAUACAUGAGCCACAAGAGUUUCUUGAAAACUUCAUCGAUACUGUGCUGGGAAAAGAGGAAUCAACUCAUGAACGUUUCCUAGAGUUCCUGGAGAACCUGAGGCACGUCUUGCCAAGCUUGCGGCCCAUUUCUGAAUAUUUGGAAGAUGAAGCAGAAUCAUCUUUCAAAAUCACGCGCAGAAAUGACAGUGUUUCAAAUAACAGAAACACAGCUGGGUUAAGAGAGAUAUCCCAUUCAGAGGAUGCAAAAAAGAAUCUGGAGAGAGAAGAAACAGCCACCAAAAAAGAAUUACAGAAGUAUAUAAACAAGGAACUUACCCUAAGAGAAGUCCUGGAAAUCAGUUCAGAAAGUCUGAAGGAAAGGACCCCUCAGUCACUGGGAGACUUGCCUUGGCAUUUUCUGAGGAAUGUCUUUGCUUUGAAUGUAACUGCCAGGGACACAAGACUUGGGAAAGGAGCACCCAAUGAUCAAGGAAUGAGAGGAAAGGAAGAGAAAGAGAUGUUUGAUGAGGGAAUUUUCUUCACUAGUGAAAUGGAUGACAAAGUUUCUGUGAACCCCCUUGACGUCCUUUGUGCUGUUGUGCUUUGUUCAGACAACUUUCUCCGACAGGAGAUCUUCUCCAAAAUGUCCAUGUGGCAGUUUGCUCUGCCUUUGCUUCUGCCUCCCUUGGAGACUCCUAGGUGCACCCUGAUGCUCUGGGCCAUGAGAGACAUUGUGAAAAGAUGGAGGCCCCAUUCCCUGGCUGAAAGCAAAGGCUUCAGAGAGGAGAGCCUGGUGCUGACCUCCAUGUCCAACAUUUCCUUUGUGCGGAUGGGGAACUUGGGACUCUCCAAGUCCAAACUCCUCAAUGAGAUUCUCAGCCCCUCCCAACAACACUACGAUUUCUUCAUACACCAAGACAUGGAGUGUGGAAAUAUCCCUCAAGAAAUUGCUGAUGGGCUUGUGGAAAUGGCCUGGUAUUUCCCAGGGGGUCAGAAAAGCUCUGAUCUCUUCUCAGAACCAGUUGCAAUUGCAAAUCUCCAUGGGAAUGUGGAGUCUCAUUGGCUGCAGUUCCACUUUCUAACACAAGUUUCCUCAGCAGUAUUUAUAUUUACUGAAUGCAUUGGAGAGAAAGAAUAUGCCGUCUUGUCAUCAUUGAAAAAAUCAUUGUCACUGUGUUUUUUCAUCUUGGAAUGUCACAGUAAAUAUUUCACUGAUACUUCACAUUUUAUACGUGAAUUAGCUACUGUUUUUAAACUGAAGAAUUCACAAACACUAAUGAAAGGUGACAGGAAAAAUGAACCACAGUUUGUGGAAAAGCUACAAUCUAUUGUUGCAGGAAUAAUCCACUCUUCUUCUAAGAGCAUGCGUAAACAAAACAUGGCUGAUGUGGCCUGUGAAUUUAAAAUCCAGGUGGGUGAGGAUGCUCAAGACUGUCAGAAUGUCCUCAGAUACGCUGAUGAAAUCACAGGAGGCAUCAAAGACAUAGCAAUCUAUAAAAAAGAAACACUGACAGAGAUCCAAGGUGAUCUCUGGAAAAAUCUGGCAAGAGUGGAAAAAGAGCUGUGCAGAAUGAAAAGCCAAGGGGACACACCUUCAGAGCAGUACAAGUCAAGGGUGGAACUGCCCAAACAGUAUGAGUGUAAGCACCACAGUGGUUUAAAUAAUUUCACUGAUGGCAUAAUAUAUAUGAAUUCAGCAGAGAAGCAAUAUUUUUUACAAUGGAUGAAGUUUCACCUGGACGGGAUUGUUAGGGAGAAUUUGACUAGGUUGUGGGCAAAGUACAAAGAGAGAUGUGAGACUUUAGGAGACAAAGGGCAGAAGACUUCAGAGUUAGACCAACUGAUAUCUUCUUCUUCCUUGGGAGUUGUACAUUUCGUGCGUGAGUUGGGGCAAUUCUAUGAGGCAGAGCAUUCAUUGGUUAAAGAGGGCAGAAUAGCAACAACCAGGAGGCAGUUUGUCCAUUUCCCAAUCAUUGCAGCUGACUGGAUGCUGGAAGAAGGAUUUCCUCUAGAACAGAUCAAUGGAGAUGCAUCGAAUAUACCCCUUCAGUGGAUAACUGAUGUUCUGACUGAACUCAAUAAGAAACUAGGAGGUUGGUCCAGAAUGAUAGUAAUCAUUGUGCUGGGGGUUCAGAGCACUGGGAAGUCCACCCUUCUCAACACCAUGUCAACACUAGUGAUUAGCUUGAGUGCCAUCACAAUGGUGAACAUGGCCAAGAAGAAUACCACUAAAGUGAAGGACAUGCUGCAAAUUGUGACCCAUGCCUUCCUCAGGAUGAAGGAGAUUGGGCAAAAACCCAACUGCCAGUUUGUACAUCAGAAUGUCAGUGAUGUUUGUGCUCAUGAUCAAAACAUGAGGGACAGGAAUUGCCUUUUGGAGCAGCUGAAUGAAAUGACUCAGGCUGCUGCAAAGAUGGAAAACACCAAGUGGGAUAUCAGAUUAUCAGACAUUAUGGACUAUGAUCCAGAAAUACAUAACUGGUAUAUUCCAGGUCUGUGGCAUGGAGUCCCACCCAUGGCUCCAGUCUACAGGGGCUCCAGUGAAAAGGUCUUUGAGCUAGAGAAAUACCUAUUUGAAUAUAUAAAGCAUAUUUCACGUGAAAGGCCUCUCAAAGACAUUCCUCAGUUUAUUGAGUGGGUGAAGAGUCUGUGGAAUGCUGUGAAACAUGAAAACUUCAUCUUCAUCUUCCGCAACAGCCUCAUAGCAGAAGCCUAUACCAACCUGUCCACAAACUAUUCUGAAUGGGAGUGGGCUUUCCGCAAAGAGAUGCACAUUUGGGUAUCUGAGCAGGAAACUGUGAUACAAAAUGUUUCCCCUGAUGCACUUGAUCUCAACACUUUGAAAUGUGAGCUCCAAAAGAAAUUAUCCGUUGGAGCACAGACGAUUUCCAAGAAUCUGAAGCAGUACUCUGAAAGUGGAGCAGGAAAUGUAUAUCUGGUAGAAAAGUACAAAGAAGAUUUUGUCAAGAGUGCCAAAAGCCUCAAGCGUGAACUUGAAGGUGGUUCUUAUAGCAAAUUGGAGGAUGCCAGACGCAUUGAAAAGCGUGAAUACAAGACUGACAUUUUCUUAACCAGAUAUGUGAAAACAGUUGAAGAAAAGGUUGAUGGGCUUCUUGAUGAAUUCAGGAACAAUGAAUGUAAAUUAGAAGACUGCAAGCUGAAAGAGGAGUUUAAAAAUAGACAUUUGUAUAAAUUAGAUGAACUUGCUACAUCUUUGAUCACCAAAUGCAGUUGGCAUAUUGUUGAAAAGGCCAAUCCCAAAGGGGAUUAUGAUGAAACAUAUUGUGUUGAAUUUGUGCAUAUGAUCAAUAAGGAACUUCAAAAGAAUAAUGUUGAGGAGUUUUAUACAACACCUGGCUUUGAAGGAGACAUAAAGCUUCAUAUUUUGGGAGAAGCAGCCCAUGCAUUUCAGAAGAUGUAUGAAGAUUUCAUUAAGGAAAAUGAUCUCAUAGCACGCCUGAAGAAACUGAAACCUCAGUAUUUCUCUGCUUUCAAAGACCUUUAUCUGGAAAAAGAUGCCCAGCAAAACAGGGCUAUGAAUGUCUGUGAUAAAUGUCUUUAUCCUGCCCUAGUGGAUUACAUCAAGAAAAGACUCGGGACAGAAAUAAUGGACAACUUUCUUAGCAAUGCACAGUCCACUGAAUUUGCCUGUUGGGGCUUCUUCCAAUUUGCUGUUCUGAAGGAGUUGUUGCAAGGAAUGAAUUUUGGUCCAUAUGUGACAUACAUCAGGAACUAUGAAGACAAGAGCUGCAUCUGGGGACGAGUGUUAGAUCACUCUGCAGUAAACGACAAUCUGGAAAUCCGUGAGAAAGACAUUCUCUCUCUAAUACUAAAAAAAAUUAGGGGAACAUUGGACAAUCAAAAGCUUAUUGAGACAAUUCCAGAGUUUUUGGACAACUCUUGCAAAGCUAUGCAAAAGGAACUGGUCAUAUCUGAGCACAAUCUAGCAGGGAUACAAUUUAAAAACAAGUCCGCUCCUAGCCAAUUCGCUUGCAUUAAAAACCUCCUCCAUGGUUUGGAAAAACUAAUACUGUCUCAGCUGAAAUCCAUGGAUGUUCAAUCCACAUUCACCAGAAGGUCUGUCAGAUCACUGGAUGAGAUCCAUAAACGAGAGUUUGGCUGUGGGAAGCAGUGUCCCUUCUGCAAAGUUCCUUGUAAAGCUGGAGGGAAUUAUCAUCAGGAGCACUUUGCAGUAAGAAUUCAGUCAGGAUUUUGCAAGAGAAUAUGGUGCUAAAUGAGCACUACUGCCAGAAGAUUGGAAAAUGAUCACCAAACAGGCAUUGGAUGCUUUGAAACAAACCUUUAAUAGGAAGUAAGCAACAUUAUCUUGAAUGAAAACUGGUGAAUUUCCAAACAAAUCUUGACAUUCACGAAGCACACCCAUUUUCCUGAAUGCUUCUAUAGGUCUCUCUUUGAGUUUUGACCACCAUGUAGCCAGCAGCUACACACAUGGACAAAUGUGUUGGUACCCCUCCACGAAAAAAGAAGAACCCACAAUUGUCUCUGAAAUAACUUGAAACUGACAAAAGUAAUUGGUACCCAUCAUUGUUUAUUCCACAUUUAACAAAAAUCAGACUCUGCUUUAGAGUUUUGGUGCAACAGAAUAUUUCAAAUAAUAACACAAAUGAAAAUGGCAUGGACAAAAAUGAUGGGACCCUUAACCUAAUAUUUUGUUACACAACCUUUAGAGGCAGUCACUGCAAACAAGCGAUUCCUGUAGCUCUCAAUGAGACUUUUGUGCCUGUCAACAGGUAGUUUGGCCCACUCUUCCUGAGCAAACUGCUCCAGCUGUGUCAGGUUUGAAGGGUGCCUUCUCCAGACUGCAUGUUUCAGUUCUUUCCAUAGAUGUCUGAUAGGAUUCAAAUCAGGGCUCAUAGAAGGCCACUUCAGAAUAGUCCAAUGUUUUGUUCUUAGCCAUUCUUGGGUGCUUUUAGCUGUGUGUUUUGGGUCAUUAUCCUGUUGGAGGAUCCAUGACCUGCAACUGAGACAGAGCUUUGACACUGGGUGGUACGUUUCACUCCAGAAUGUCUUGAUAGUCUUGAGAUUUCAUUGCUCCCUGCACAGAUUCAAGGCACCCCGUGACAAACGCAACAAAGCAGCCCCAAAACAUAACUGAGCCUCCUCCUCGUUUCACAGUAGGUAUGGUGUUCUUUUCUUUGAAAGCUUCAUUUUUUCGUCUGUGGACAUAGACCUGAUAUGACAUGCCAAAAAGCUCCAGUUUUGUCUCAUCUGUCCAAACAACAUUCUCCCAGAAGCAUUGUGGCUUGUCAAUAUGCAUUUUAGCAAAUUCCAGUCUGGCUUUUUAAUGGUUUUCUUUCAACUGUGGAGUCCUCCUGAGUCGUCUUCUAUUAAGCCCACUGUCACUCCAAAAGCGACGGAUGGUGCGAUCAGACACUGAUGGACCUUGACCUUGGAGUUCAGCUUGUAUCUCUUUGGAAGUUGUCCUUGGCUUUUUGUCUACCAUUCUCACUAUCCUUCUGCCCAUUCUGGGGUCAAUUUUCCUCUUGCAGCCGCGUCCAGGGAGGUUGGCUACAAUCCCAUGGAGCUUGAACUUCUUAAUACUAUUUGCAACUGUUGUCACAGGAACAUCAAAGUGCUUGGAGAUGGUCUUAUAGCCUUUGCCUUUAACAUGCUUGUCUAUAAUUUUAUUUCUGAUCUCCUCAGACAACUCUCUCCUUUGCUUUCUCUGCUCCAUGUUCAUUGUGGGACACACGAUGAUACCAAACAGUAGAGUGACCACUUUUCUGCAUUUAAAUAGGCUGAAUGACUUAUUGCACGAUUGGAGACAUGUGUGAUACUAAUUAAAGAAAACAGCUAAUUUGAAAAAUUACUCUAAUCCCAUUAUUUAUUAUCUUUUCUAGGGA